UCUUCCGGCUCCCCUGCCCCGGCUAACAGGAAGCUAAACUGAAGUAAACUGAACCAAACUUGGGAUAAAGCUGUGAAAACGUGGCGGCCAGGUGUGAGAGGAUGAGUGAGGAACAUUACCUGGAGCUGUGUGAGAACCCGGUGCAGUUUGAACACGCCUCCAGCGUCAACAACGUCUUCUUCGAUGAGGCUAACAAGCAGGUGUUUGCGGUGCGUUCAGGGGGAGCCACAGGUGUGGUGGUCAAAGGCCCAGAUGACAAGAGCAGUGUUGCCUUCAGAAUGGAUGAUAAAGGAGAAGUGAAGUGCAUCAAGUUCUCCAUUGGAAAUAAGAUCUUGGCAGUACAGAGAACCUCAAAGUCUGUGGAUUUCAUCAACUUUAUACCCGACUAUCCGCACACAGAGUUCACCCAGGAAUGCAAGACGAAGAAUGCAAAUGUUUUGGGUUUCUGUUGGACCAACUGGAACGAGAUCGUCUUCAUCACCGACCAGGGGAUAGAGUUUUAUCAGGUGUUUCCAGACAAGCGCAGUCUGAAGCUGCUGAAGAGUCAGAGCAUUAAUGUGAACUGGUACCAGUACUGUCCAGAGACGGCCGUCAUCCUGCUGUCCACCACCGUGCAGGGAAACAUCCUGCAGCCCUUCGCCUUCAGGAAUGGGACCAUGUCCAAGAUGUCUAAGUUUGAGAUCGAGCUGCCGGUCGUCCCCAAACCCGCCAAACUCAGCCUGUCGGAGAGAGACAUCGCCAUGGCAACAAUUUACGGUCAGCUGUAUGUGAUGUAUCUGAAGCAUCAUUCAAGAACAGCAAACAGUCCGAGUGCAGAGGUGGUGCUGUACCACCUACCAAGGGAGGGUGCGUGUAAAAAGAGUCACGUGUUGAAGCUGAACACCACGGGGAAGUUUGCUCUGAACAUCGUGGACAACCUGGUGGUGGUUCAUCACCAGAGCUCCCAGACGUCUCUGAUCUUCGACAUCAAGCUGAAAGAGCCGGACUGUGCCGUCAACACACACCAGCCUGUCCUACCCGCCCGCUCCAUUCACCCCUACAGGAUCCCACUGUCAGGACCAGCUGUCGUCCCCUCUCAGCCUCCCGUCCCCUGUCAGCUCUACUCCUCCUCCUGGAGCGUCUUCCAACCUGACAUCAUCAUCAGUGCCAGUGAAGGUUACCUGUGGUACCUGCAGGUGAAGCUGCCUCCAACUGUGAACCUGCUGCAGGACAAAGGCAAACUGAUGGACUUCCUGUUACGACGGAGAGACUGCAAGAUGGUCAUCCUGUCUGUCUGCUCUCAGAUCCUGGAGGGCGGCGAGAAGGGAAGUCUUCCUGUCGUCGCGACCGUCUUUGACAAACUCAACCAGGUGUACAAGGAAUACCUGGAGGCGGAGCAGAGCUACACUGUGGCGAUGGAGUCCGGUCCGAGUCGAGGCAGCGCAGCUCAGAAACGUCCGGUCAGAACUCAGGCCGUCAUCGACCAAUCAGACAUGUACACACACGUCCUGUCAUCUUUCACAGAGAGGAAGGGGGUGUCACAUAAGUUCAUCAUCGCGGUGCUGAUGGAGUACAUCCGCUCUCUGAACCAGUUCCAGAUCACCGUGCAGCAUUACCUGUAUGAGCUGGUGAUCAAAACGCUGGUGCAACACAACCUCUUCUACAUGCUGCAUCAGUUCCUGCAGUAUCACGUCCUCAGCGACUCCAAACCGCUGGCGUGUUUGCUUCUGUCUCUGGAGAGUACAUACCCUCCUGCACAUCAGCUGUCACUGGACAUGCUGAAGCGUCUGUCCACGGCCAAUGACGAGAUCGUUGAGGUUCUGUUGUCCAAGCAGCAGGUUCUGGGCGCGCUCAGAUUCAUCCGCAGUGUCGGCGGACAUGACAACGUGUCGGCGAGGAAGUUUCUGGACGCAGCGCGGCAAACCGGAGACCAGAUGUUGUUCUACACCGUGUUCAGGUCGUUCCAGCAGAGAAACCAACGGCUGAGAGGAAGCCCUGGCUUUAAUCCUGGAGAGCACUGUGAGGAGCAUGUGGUCCACUUUAAGCAGCUGUUCGGGGAGCAGGCGCUGAUGAAACCGUCCACAGUGUGAACCACCGGGACCAAAACCACAGACUGUAAACUCGCCUGGCCGCGAGCAGACGACCUGUAAGGGUCACAAACCAACAUGUGGGACGAAUCUUCAUGGACCUGUAUGUUCACAUGCACCACGAGUAUCCUGAGGGUGUCAACACCAUUACAUGUGCUGACUGAGACCGACCUGAACUAACUUCUGUAAGUCAAAAUAGUUGACUACACAGUAGAGCAGCAUCUUCCUACACUAAGUGGAACAUCAGCACUUGAAAUCAGAAAUUCAGAUGACAAAUAUAAUUUAAAGUGGAUUAGAAAUAUAUAAAUACAAGGAUAUUUGUUUGGUGAAUUACUGCCUUUGGAAAAUCUCCCUUGAGAAGUGCCAGAAGAUAAAAAAAACAAAAAAACAACCUGAUAUAUAUCUCAUGAAAGUGUCUGUUUCCAGGAGAGAGAAAGUGACAAGUUGGAAACACUACAAAAUACUGCUUCCUGGUUAAUUUUAUAUAUGAUGGACUAAUAGGGCCAAUGUUAAAAAAAUUGGAGAUUUUAAAUAUUUUGAGGAAAUAGUAAUUUUGAAUUCACAAAGGUUCACAGGUAUGGAGAAAAAAUUGGGAGAAAUUUGAUCACUAACCUGUUUCUUGUGUGGUUGUUGUCAGAUGUAUCUGCACAGAAUAAGAAAACUAAUGUUCUUUAUGAACAUUGUGAGAAUACCAUCAGAUGAAAACUAUCUUGGAUACGUUGGUGCAUGUGAACGUACUCACUGUAACCAGCUCAUGUGAUGUCUUACUCUGAUUUCACCUGAUGUGGGCGGGGUCAAAAGCUGCACCUGUAAAGUUGUAAUGUUGGGAUGCCUGCAUGAAGGCUCUGUACAUAUGAAAUGAAUGAGGAGGUGGAAGAAUUUUGUUUAUUUUGUAUGAUUAAGAAAGAAUUAUUGUGUCACUAACAGUCACAUCUGUGUUUUUAAAUGAGACAGCACUGAAUUGUAUGAAGUAACAAUGGAAAUAUAUUUUAAUGCUGUUAAAUGGUACUGAAAUGACAAUAUAUACUGUAUAUACAUUAUAUACAACUAAUAAAAAA